UACUCUGUGAAUUUUUUCCAUAACACUGACACUGCGUAUAUCCCUGUUCUUCGCUGCGAUGAAUUGAAUACCUAUGUAUAUGAUUUUGGUGGAGAAGGGUAGCAAGAUUAAUGUUUACACAUAUAAGAACUUCCAAAAGAUUCAAACUUUUUCCUCAAAGAAGCCCAAAGUUUCAAGCUUUAUCUCGAAUGGGCUUUUCCACAAAUUUCAAGAACAUGAUAGAUAACAAUCAAACUGCAAGACUCGACCCACAAAUUUCUGGUUUGGAGCUGGAAAAUAGUGUUUAUAAUGUUUUAACAGUUAACAGAUGGGAGUCUUUGAACUUUAUGAACUAUAAAAUGGCCUCACUUAGGCCAGUUCAUGGGAGGUUAGCUUUGAAAUUUCUUAAGUGGGUCAUUAAGCAACCUGGUAUGGAACUUACCCAUGUUACUCAAAUGUAUUGUAUUACUACCCAUAUUCUUGUUAGAGCUAGAAUGUAUGAUUCUGCCAAGUUGAUUCUUGAACAUUUGGCUCAAAUGGGUGUUGGGUCGCAUUCAGUUUUUGGUCAUCUUAUGGGUACUUACUCUCUUUGCAAUUCGAAUCCGGCGGUUUUUGAUCUUUUGAUCAGGAUUUAUGUUAGGAAAUUGAUGGUGGAGGAAGCGUUAGAGGUUUAUCGUUUAGUGGGUAAGAGGGGGUUUAGGCCGUCAGUGUACACUUGUAAUAUGUUGUUGAGGGCAUUGGCGAAUGGUGAGUUUGGAGGGUCUGUGUGGUCGUUUUUCAGGGAAAUGCUUGCGGGGAAUAUUUGCCCCAACGUUGUUACGUUUAAUAUACUUUUGCAUAUUCUGUGUGUUGAAGGAAAGCUUAAAAAAGCUGGAUAUCUUCUUAAGAAGAUGGAAGGUAGUGGUUAUAGUCCUACUGUGGUUACCUAUAAUACUUUGCUCAACUGGUACUGCAAGAAGGGAAGAUAUAAAGCAGCUUUUGAGCUUAUUGAUCAGAUGGGCCGUAGGGGUCUCAAAGCAGAUGUGUGUACAUAUAAUAUGCUUAUAGAUGAUCUAUGUCAACACUGUAGGAGUUCAAAAGGGUAUUUGUUGUUAAAAAAGAUGAGAAAAAAGAUGUUAUUUCCUAAUGUAGUCACCUAUAACACUCUCAUUAAUGGGUUUGUGAAGGAAGGGAAGGUUGAUGUUGCUAGUCGGAUCUUUAGGGAGAUGUUGGAAUGCAAUGUAUUACCUAACCACGUCACUUAUAAUUCCUUGAUUUAUGGGCACUGUCAGGAAGGCAGAUUUGUAGAAGCUUCAGAACUUCUGAGGAAAAUGGAAGGCAUUGGAUUGAAACCUAAUGAAGUUAGUUAUGGGGGUGUCUUGGAUGGGCUAUGUAGACAUGAAAAAUUAGAAUUAGCAAGAAGUCUUUUUAAUAGGAUGAAAUUAAAUGGAUUAAGAGUUAAUAAAAUUUUGUAUACAAUGUUGAUAGAUGGGCUAUGCAAAGCUGGAAUGCCCGAGGAAGCUGUUCAGUUGCUUGUUGACAUGUUCAAGGAUGGUCUCAGUCCUGAUGUCAUUACAUAUUCCGCACUUGUGAAUGGAUUUUGCAAGGCAAUGAAGGUUUGUAAUGUAAAGGAAAUCAUAUGCAAGAUGUAUAGAACUGGAGUUGAACAUAAUAGCGUCAUAUACUCCACACUAAUCUACAACUCUUGCAAGAAAAACAACUUGCACGAAGCAAUGAAAGUAUAUGCAGCAAUGAGUCACAGUGAUCACCAGGUGGACCUUUUUACAUGUAAUACUCUCGUUUCUUGUCUUUCUAGGGUUGGAAAGCCAGAGGAGGCAGUGGAUUUCAUGCAUCACAUGAGAAAUAUCCAUCAGUUUCCUAGUGCAGUUACUUAUGAUUGUAUUAUUAAUGGAUUUGCAAAUGAAGGCAAGGCACUAGAAGCAAUUUCCCUGUUUGAUGAAAUGGUAAAGUCUGGUCAUCACCCUAGCCUUUAUACGUAUGGGGCUCUACUUAAAGGACUAUGCAGAGGAGGAAAUUUCGAGGAGGCUAUGGAAUUCUUCUCUAAAAUCCAACAUAUACCUGGCGUGGUAGAUAUCUUUGCGUAUAACACGCUAAUGGCUGAAACAUGUAGAUUUGGUAAUUUGCGAGUAGCUCUGAUGCUUAUGGAUGAGAUGGUUCAAAAUGAUGUUCUUCCUGAUAGUUAUACGUACACCAGUGUUCUUGGGGGGUUGUGUAGAAAGGGUAGGGUGGUCACUGCGAUUUGUAUGUUUGAAGAGUUGAUCAGAAAAAGAACUUUAUUUCCUAAUCAGGUUAUGUAUACAUGUUUAAUCGAUGGGCUUUUUAAGGCAGGUUUGUCAAAGGCUGCUGCAUAUUACCUUGAGCAGAUGUUGGAGAAAGGUCUUUUUCCUGAUACUAAUGCACUUAAUGCAAUGAUAGAUGGUUACUCUAGAAUAGGGAACAUGACUAAUAUGCAGGCCUUAUUUUCAAUGAUGAAAGGUGGAGAUCUGUACCCAAAUAUAAUUACAUAUAAUAUUAUCUUGCACGGAUAUUCUCAACAAAGAGAUUUAUCAAGGUGCUUUGAAGUUUAUAAGAUUCUUGUUAAAAGCGGAUUUGUUCCGGAUAACUUGACAAAUCAUUCUCUUUUAAAUGGGCUUUGUAAGUCGGGCAUGCUAGACAUUGCAGUUAAGACUUUAAAAAAGAUGAUUACUGAGGGUGCUUUAGUUGAUAAGAGGACAUUUAAUAUGCUAAUAGCUGAGUGUUGUGAAAAACAUUGCAUGAUGAAAGCCUUUGAUUUGCUGAACAUAAUGAAGUUAAUAGGGGAAUUUCCUGAUGAAGAUACUUAUGCUUCACUGAUUCUUGGUCUCAAUAAGAAACAAGAUUAUUGUAGUUCACAUAAGAUUUUGCACGAGAUGCUGAACAAAGGUUUUACUCCUACAGAAAAACAGUAUGUCUCGCUUAUUACUGGUAUGUGUCGAGUUGGAGACUGUCAAAGAGCAUUUAAACUAAAGGAUGAAAUGGAAGCUCUUGGUGUUGGCUCAAGAGAGAUAGCUGGGAGUGCCAUAGUUAGAGGGCUAGUGCAGCGGGGUAAGAUGGAAGAAGCAGCAUUUGUUCUUGAUUGUAUGCUUAGGGGUAAAAUAGUUCCGACUAUUGCGACGUUUACAAGUCUAAUGCAUAUAUUCUGCAAGAAGCAUAAGUUCAAUGAAGCACUUAAUUUAAAAGAUGUAAUGGAACUUCAUGGUGUAAAACUUGAUGUCGUUGCAUACAAUGUAAUGAUUACUGGCCUUUGUGCUGUUGGAGAAGCUGAUCAUGCUUUUGAGCUGUAUGAAGAGAUGAAACAAAAAGGUCUCUGCCCUAAUACCACAUCAUUUUAUGUUCUCGUAAAGGCUGUUUCCGAAGAUAAAUUUUCUUUGAAGGGUGAAAUGCUCCUUAUAGAUAUGCGGGAAAGGGGACUACUGUCGGAAGAUAAUAUUACACAAGGUCUGCAGGAAGGUUUAGUGGUUGCUAUGGAGAAGUUGGAAAGUUUAAGGCACAGAAGACGGGUACCCAGUGCUAAGAGUAGAUAAUAAACUUGUGCCAUGUUACAGAUCUCGGGUCAGAUGGACCCGAUCCCUUUUGGUGAAAUCUUCCCACUGUCUCUUCAACUCGGUGAACGCCCGGGAGCUGGUGAGGUUCGAACCCCUGACUUUUUAAAACUCGGUGGACGCCCGGGAGCUGGUGAGGUUCGAACACUUGACCCUUUGAAACUCGGUGAACGCCUGGGAGCUGGUGAGGUUCGAACGCCUGACCCUUUGAAUCAAGGCAAGAACCCGUUUCCACUGGGACAACUCUCACACUCAAGAUUCCUAUAGUUUUUGGAGUUGCUUGAUGGGAUUUCAGCGCAAACAAUAUCAGUCUUUUGCAGUUUGACGAAAGUGUAAGUGCAUUCUGGAGAUAGUAGGGUGUGCCAGACUGCCAGUGCCUCUGUGUUGGGCCAAUAUCUAUAGGGUGUUGUUGAUGUUAAUGAUACUAACACUAUGAACAGGUAAGCAUGUUUCAUAUGUGAAUGUCCUCAUCAGGGUAAGAAAAACAAAUUUUUUAUUUUUUUUAUCAUCAUUAUGUUUGUGAAGAUUGAAGAGUAUCAGAAAUCAACUAGAUUUUCUGUUGGGCUAAUGACAAAUGUUAAGGGAAUUUAGUAUAAGGGAAAAGCCAGGUCUUUUGUUAAAUGUCUUACACGGGAGGUAUAAUUUCUUUAUGCUGCUUGGUUUUCUAAUAUAAUCAUGACCGUCGCUUGAUUAUUUUGCUUAUUUUUUUUGUUAUUACCCAUCAGAUUUAGCAUCUUCCAAUGUCUAGCCGACUGUAGCAUGGAGAGAUAAGCUUGUGUGCGCGCACACACCCAAUCAUACUUGAAAACAGGAGGCAAAUGUGGAUCUCAGACGCUAUAAAUUCACUAAGAGAUAUUGGAAUUUGAGGAAUCCUGACGCCUGACGGGAGCAUUAAUAUGAUCUAGUGCUCUACAAAGGUACAUUUUCAAAAGGGGUGACUAUAAAUUUCAUGAAUCUGCACCCAACAAGGGAGGCACAAAGAUUAAGCUGUCUUGAAAGAAGUUUUAAAUGGGAUACACUCAUGAUUUUGGUUGUUUUAUUUCAUUGCUCUAAAUUUAAUAAAGCAUUGCCAUCCGCAUGGCAGACAGAAUAUAACAAUAUUUUUAGGACUUGGCUUCCUUAAGUUGACAUUGUAAGAUAUAUUUUUUAAAUUUUGCUACCAUAAUUUGUAUUCUUCUGUUAAUUUUUUA